AUGCCGAUGAACUGGAACUCUGAAGCUGAUGCAAAGCUCUUCCUUGGAGUUUUGGCUCAGUUCGAUGGUUCUAAGCCCAAGCUGGAUUUUGAGAAGCUUGCCCAGUACAUGGGAUCUGAUUGUACUGCCUGUGCCGUCCAGAAUAGAGUCGUUCGUCUACGCAGGAUGGUCGAGUCGGCAGACUCUUCCACCACUCCUACCAGCACUCCUUCCAGCACUCCCCGCAAGCGUAAGGGAGCUGCCGCUCCCAAGACGCCGACCAAGAAGAGCAAAGUGGUGGAGAAUACUGCCGAUGAAAGUGAUAACGAGAAGAUUCUCCUCAAGGCUAUGAUUAAGAAGGAGAUUGACGGCGACUCCAAGGAUGAUGCGUAG